GCAUAUUUAUCCUUGGUUUGAAGAGUGGAUAACAAAAGAACAAAAUCCAAAGAAAGAACAAGAAGAUCGCGAAGAAUUUUUCAAUCAUCAUCGUUCAUCGUCAACCAGCAAUAAUGCGAAAAUUCACAGCCUUUGCAUGCGGCACUGGGGCCGGUCUGUUGACCUUCUACCUAACAAAACUAAAUGAGCCAAAGGCGGCGGUGCACAACUCGUGGACGAGGAGCGAGAAGCCGGUGGAUCCGUGUGCGCUGUGGGACCACAAUUGGGACCUGCGCGACCCCAAGAGCCUAGUGAAGCCGGUGAAGAACGAUCUGUCCCAGGAGCAGAAUCGGUACAACAGUGAACUGGAGAAAGUGGUCCCGAAACAUGCCCGUCACAUAAUUCUCAUUCGACACGGCGAGUACCUCGAUGUGGGGGACACCGACGAGACGCAUCACCUAACCGAACGUGGGCGGGAACAGGCCAAAUACACGGGCAAGCGUCUGUGCGAACUGGGCAUCAAGUGGGACAAGGUGAUAGCCUCGACAAUGGUGCGCGCCCAGGAGACGGCGGAUAUCAUACUCGAUGAGAUCGACUACGAGAAGGCGAAGGUGAAGAAUUGCGCCUUCCUGCGGGAGGGUGCCCCGAUACCGCCCCAGCCGCCAGUCGGCCACUGGAAGCCGGAAGCGUCGCAGUUCUUCAGAGACGGAGCCCGGAUCGAGGCCGCCUUCCGGCGCUACUUCUAUCGUGCUUAUCCCGACCAGACCAAGGACAGCUACACCCUCCUGGUGGGCCAUGGCAAUGUGAUCCGAUACUUUGUGUGUCGAGCACUUCAGUUCCCGCCCGAGGCCUGGCUGCGGAUCAGCAUUAACCAUGCGUCCAUCACCUGGCUAACCAUCAGUCCAUCGGGGAAUGUGUCCAUCAAGUACCUCGGCGAUACCGGCUUCAUGCCCGUCAAUCAUCUGACCAAUCGGAUACCCCGCGCGGCCAAAAAUGUUGUGUAGAUUCGCUGGCGAUUUCCUGUAGAGUCUUCCGAGUCUUCCCGAGUAAACCGAACUGCCUGCCUUCCAACAAGCCUUAAUUGUGCGAGUA